UCGGAAGCCAUUGAUCCCAAACACUCUGCUACAGUCUGUGCUCCUUUUGCUCUCCGGUGAGGCUGUGCCCUGGAAGGCAGUAUCACCUUGAGCUCCACACCCACCUCCUGAGAGACUCCUGCAAGCCAACAGGCGCCUGCAAAAAAGAAGCAAAAGAAGAGGGUGUGCAUGGAAGGGAAGACAGAGGUGUUCUCCAGGCAGAAAGAUCCAUGGAAAGAGGCACAGGAGAGCAACACAUGCCAGGCAAAGAAAGAUAAAUAAUAAUCCCCACCAUCCCGGACCCUCUCUUCUGGAUGCACUGCCCUCCUUUAUAGACAAGUGCGAAGGCGGGAGGGGUGACAGUCAUUCUCAUCCCCCAAGACAUCACAUGCAAAAUCCUCAAGCUACUCAGAAUAAGAGCCUUCCAGGCUCCUGUUCUGCCUCAUCAGAGGCUGACCCUGAGCAGAGAACCAAGAGAAGAGGCCAGAAGAAAAUGCUGAUGGAUGUCAAGGCGGCUGUCCAGGAGGACAACCCCCCAGCUUCCAAUGCCACCUCCUCUGAAGCUAUCUGUGAGCUCAAGUCCUGGAGGAAGAGGGGGCAGAAGAGAAAAAUAUGGACCAUCAAUCAUGUUGAGGGGACAAAACUCAGGAUGAACAAGAGGAGAAGACCCAGUUACCGUCCUGAAGACCAAGAAGCAUUUUACCGACUUCUCGAGGAUCCUGUUAUCCAGAGCUUCUUGGAAGCUGAUAUUUUCCUCAAAGUGUCUGACAAGUACCUGCUCUCCAUGGUGGUGGAGUACUUCGGCCGCGUCGGGCUGCCUGGACACCUCUACAAUAGGAUCCACUUCUUCCUGGCCCUCUACAUUGCCUCGGACAUGGAGGAGGACAACCCCACAUCCAAGAGGAGCAUCUUCCAGUUCCUGCUGGGCAGGGAGCACUGGCCCGACCUCUAUAAGGAGUUCCUAAAGCUGAAGGUGGAGUUCUUCCAAGCAAUGGGGCACCGUGCCUGGGUCACCCCGGAACUGUGUGAGGAGAUCCAGGCCCAGAACCCACAUCACUGGGUCUGGAGUCGGGUGCGCCAGUGCACCCCCUAGGUCCUCAAGGACUGGAUGGGGCUGCAGGUGGUCCAGGAAAACUCUUGGAAAUGCUGUUCUAAAAUGCAGUUCUAAAUCAUGAAAACCUCUGCAGGGUUUUGAUCUGAGUUGAAAAUUUUAAAACACAAAGACAUGGAAAACACUGAGUUCAUCCUUUCUGGAAAAGGGGCCGUUGCCAUGGCGGCUCUUGGGAGGAAUGAGAAAGAUAAAUUCCAACUUGUCAUCAAAAGUUUUGUGU